UUGUGACUCCAAAGAAGAAAAGGAAGAUGUCGGCCACCAAACCCAAACACUGAAGCUGUACGCCGUACAUACUGGGUUCUGUACACACAGAGCUGAGGAAGCAGACACUGGGCUCAGGAUGGCUGUGGCUAUGAGCUCUACGUGUCCAGGCCUGUACUGUGGUCGGAUCAUGAUCAAUGGAUCAGUGGAGGGAGAGUGUGGAGUCUGUCCUCGUGGAGAACGGGCCAACCUACAGAAGGUGUGUGAACGCUGCACUGAGUCCCCUGAGCUCUAUGACUGGCUUUAUCUGGGCUUCAUGGCCAUGUUGCCACUAGUGUUACACUGGUUCUUCAUUGAGUGGUACUCUGGAAAGAAAAGCUCCAGUGCUCUGCUGCAGCACAUCACUGCCAUGUUGGAGUGCAGUGUGUCUGCUGUGGUCACCCUGCUGGUCACCGAGCCUGCAGGAAUGCUCAGUAUCCGUUCAUGCAGAGUCCAGAUGCUGUCAGACUGGUACACCAUGCUGUACAACCCCAGCCCAGACUACAUCAACACAUUACACUGUACUCAGGAGGCUGUCUACCCACUCUACACCAUCGUGUUGAUCUACUACGCCUUCUGUUUGGUGCUGAUGAUGCUUCUACGUCCUCUGUUGGUCAAGAAGAUCGCCUGCGGUCUGGGCAAAUCAGAUCGCUUCAAGAGCAUCUACGCCGCUCUGUACUUCUUCCCCAUCCUCACCGUGCUGCAGGCUGUGGGAGGAGGACUGCUCUAUUACGCGUUUCCCUACAUCAUACUGGUCCUGUCUCUGGUCACACUGGCUGUUUACAUGUCUGCAUCUGAGAUACAGUCUUUUAAGAACCUGGUGGCGAAGAAGAAGCGUCUGGUUGUGCUGUUCAGCCACUGGCUGCUUCACGCUUACGGGAUCAUCUCCAUCUCCAGACUGGACAAGUUGGAGCAGGACCUGCCGCUGCUGGCCUUGGUGCCCGGCCCUGCCCUCUUCUACAUCGCAACGGCCAAGUUCACCGAGCCCAGCCGCAUCCUGUCAGAGGGCGGCAACGGCCACUGAGCAGCCUCCCCACCGCCUAUACGCAGCAUCACAUGAUGUGUCCAAUCCAACCACUGGUCCUGAGUCAGCAGCAGGAGAGGUUCUACCAGACCAUCAGACCAGUUCACAUGGAUGAGUCUGGGUCAGGAGGACCCGUCAGAGCCUCGUCUUAUUUACAACACACCACUCUCUCUCCUUUAAAAACUACAGAUUCUUUAGCUGGAACGAGUGGUAAGACUCCAAGUAUCCACUUCACUGUUUCAUGUGUCUUCAGCUGAAUGCAG